AUGACCAAAGCUCAAAGUUCAAAUUAUUUCUCUAGUGACUAUUAUGCAAAUUAUAGCUUUCAUUCAGAAAAUAAUUUUUCUAAUAACUAUCAUGCGGAUUAUACCAUUCAUAUAGAAGAUGAUUUUGAAUUAGAAUUGCUUUUUGAAAAUUUAAAAAUAAAUACAUUACCAGUAUUUGAAAGCAUUGAUAACAGUAUACAUUAUUGCUUUGAUAACUAUUAUAUAGAUUAUACUCUUCAUUCAGAAGAUGAUUUUGGUUUAAUAUCACCUUCUGACCCUUUAAUGGCAGUUGAGUUGAAUCAUUAUUAUAAUGCAGAAUUUAUAGAAGAUAAUUAUGAGGAACUACAUAUUUUACUUGAUAUGGCCUUGGAAGAUUGUUCUGGAAACAAUAUAAUUGAAAUCUGA